AUGGAUUCCACACGAACGUCAUCGGAAACGUUUGCUCAAAUGAACUUUCAAAAGGAAACGACUGAAUUCUCACCUUCCGUCUUGGCAGCCAUAGUCCACGGGUGUGUUAUCAAAGUCGUACCAACAUAUCGUUAUAUCGAAAGCACCGCUACACACAGGAGUCUUCUGCUUACAACCGAAGUCGACCAGAUUUUAAAAUCCAAAUUUGUGGUCAGCACACUAUUUGCAACAACGCAGAAGAUAUUAACACCAAACUCUCCAGCCAGUAAGUUAAUCGACGAGAUGCGUAAAAAGAGAGCCUUACCGGACGUCAUUUCAAUUGACGCUUCAACCAAUUUCCAGUUCAUCUUUUACUCAAUACCAUCCAUGCUUGAAAAUUUCUAUGUUGCAAAUUCAAACUUAAGUGUCAGCGUGGAUGAUAUGACGCAACAAUUUGAAGACGCCUCUUUCAUUGAAGCCGCUCAAGCAGAAUUCACAAGGAAUACUUUGAUCGAAAAGGAGCCCAGCUUGAGGGCUUUUGACGAGGUGAACGGUAUGAUUGACGAAAUCAAGUUAAUGACAAACACAGGAUUCAAAGUUUGUAAGCUCCCACACGAGGAUCUACUAAACAGUUGGGAGAAUAUAGUCUUGGGUACAAGGAUGAAACGGUCCAUUUUGCAGUGCUGCAAGACGAUUAUCAAUUCAAAUAAAGUUGGACUUGAGCCUGGCAAUUUUCUUAUAUUUGAGGGAAUGCCCGGUACCGGAAAGACAUCACUCGCAAAAGCCCUAUUUCAAAAGCUUGCAGUUGGCGGCCAGAAACUAGAAACCCAUGUCCCAGCCAUUUUCUUGGAGUUUGCUGCUGGUGAAAUCUUUUCAAGGUAUUUCGGAGAAUCUCCCAAAAAGCUACUGUCAUUGCUCUCUUCGGUGGAGGAAUUAUCACUCCACCAUCCUUCCUCACUUGUGUUCCUUCUAAUCGAUGAAUUGGAAACAAUCGCGACCUAUCGCUUGAAAAGGUUUUCCAAUUUAGUUAUUAUUGCAACAACAAAUAUUAUCAGCAUUAUAGACUCGGCCGUUGUUGAUCGAACAGUUCGGGUUUUCAAAUUCAAUAGUCCAAGCGUUACCGAAAUUGAACAGGUUCUAAAAAUGUGUCUCAACAGAGUCAAACUUGACAAAGGAGACUUGACGGAGCUGGAAUUUUCCUCACUGUUGCAACAAAUUGCCAGUUAUUGCCAUCAAAACGGAUUUAGCUGUCGACGCGUAAGCAAAUUGCCUAGCACGGCCGUUGGGAACUUGCUUGAGGAGUGUAACAUGACCGGUCCUCUCUAUAUUUAUGAUGCCAUCAUUGAAAUCGCAAAGCUUUACCACACAGAAAAUAUGCUUCGCAAUUUCAAAAUAAGGCCCCGUCAGUUGGUUUCAAUUCGUGGAUUGGCAACAACAGCAGAUCCAGCUGCAAAUCCAAACAGGCACCAUGGGGGUUUGAAGGAUCAAGAUCGUAUUUUCCAAAACCUUUAUGGGAAUUAUGGACACGAUUUGAAAUCUGCACAAAAAAUGGGGGAUUGGUACAAGACAAAAGAAAUCAUCUUGAAAGGAGACAAGUGGAUUAUUGAUGAGAUGAAAAAGUCAGGAUUGAGAGGAAGAGGUGGUGCAGGUUUCCCGUCUGGAUUGAAGUGGUCCUUUAUGAAUCCUCCUGGAUGGGAAAAGAACCCCGGUCCUAGAUACUUGGUGGUCAAUGCGGAUGAAGGUGAACCAGGUACCUGUAAAGAUAGAGAAAUUAUUAGAAAAGACCCUCACAAGCUAGUUGAAGGGUGUUUGUUGGCAGGUAGAGCAAUGAAUGCGACUGCUGCUUAUAUUUAUAUCAGAGGGGAAUUCUACAACGAAACCGUUAUACUACAAAAUGCUAUAAAUGAAGCUUACAAGGCGGGUUUGAUUGGUAAAAAUGCAUGUGGGUCAGGAUACGACUUUGACAUUUACGUACAUAGAGGUAUGGGUGCAUACGUUUGUGGUGAAGAAACUGCCUUGAUUGAGUCAAUAGAAGGUAAGGCAGGUAAACCAAGAUUGAAGCCACCAUUCCCAGCUGGUGUAGGUUUGUUCGGAAGACCAACAACCGUUGCCAAUGUUGAAACUGUUUCGGUUGCACCAACCAUCUUAAGAAGAGGAGGUGAAUGGUUUGAUGCAUUGGGCCGUGAGAGAAACUCAGGUACAAAAUUGUUUUGUAUUUCGGGACAUGUCAAUGAACCAUGUACUGUCGAGGAAGAAAUGUCGAUUCCAUUAAAGGAAUUACUAGAAAAACACUGUGGCGGUAUCAAAGGUGGUUGGGAUAAUUUAUUGGGUGUCGUACCUGGUGGGUCAUCGGUCCCGAUCAUGCCAAAGGAGACUUGUGACACAGUGUUGAUGGACUACGAUGCAUUGAGGGAUGUAGGAUCCGGUUUGGGUACCGCAGCUGUUAUUGUCAUGAACAAACAGACAGAUGUAAUAAGAGCAAUUCAAAGAUUUGCUCAUUUUUACAAGCACGAAUCAUGCGGUCAGUGUACCCCCUGUCGUGAAGGUACCACUUGGUUGCAAAGAAUGAUGGAUAGAUUCCAAACAGGACAAGCAACAGAGAGAGAAAUCGAUAUGAUUUUUGAAUUGACAAAAGAGAUUGAAGGACAUACCAUUUGUGCUCUUGGUGAUGCUGCUGCAUGGCCUGUUCAAGGUUUAAUCAAGUCAUUUAGACCAGUGAUGGUGGAUAGGAUAAACGAGUACCAAAAGAAGCACGCAGAUUUGGGACCAGUGCAAUACGGUGGAUGGGUCGAUGGAGGUAAAGUUAAGGAUGGUGUUGUAGUUGAUAACCCAAUCCCCCACGGCCAUUAA